AUGGUUGAACUAACUGAGAUUACGGAAGAAUCGCAAAUUUUGCAAAAAGAACAGAAAUUCAAACAAAAUGGUGGUGGGGUUGGUUCUGAGAAAUCUGAUUCACUUUUUGACGAUGAGGAUUACUCCAGUGAUGAUGAUGAUGAUUUUGACGAAAAUGAGACAUUUUUCCAGAGGUUUCUGGCUCUAAAGGAUAUUAUUGCUCCUCAGCAAUGGCAAAGAGUUAAUAAGGUCUAUGAUGCCACUGUAUCCAUGUGUAAAGUUGUUUUUUCUAAGAGUGGUAACGUUUUGUGGGCUGUGACUACAUCUGCCUUACUGCUAGGUGUUCCAUUGUCGUUAUCUAUUUUAGCGGAGCAGCAAUUAAUUGAAAUGGAGAAGAGUUUUGAUUUGCAAAAGGAUGCCAAUGAUAUUUUGGCUACCGGCGAUUCUCCUAACCCUGCUCCUCAAGGCAUUUGA